AUGUUACUUAUGCCAAUCACAUACGGCAACAGACAAAAUUCAGAUGACCCACCGUGUAUCUCUUUCCUAAAUUCCACCAUUAAAGUGGUUUCUUCUUUCCGUUAUCUCGGGGUCAUAUGGGAUAGUAAGCUUACUUUCACAGAACACUUCAGGCACGUCCGUCGGAAAAGUGAUCUGCUCAUGUACAAAUUAAAUACAGUGGCCAACAGAUUCUUUUCCAGACAUCACCAUCUGCACAGACGCAUCUACACAGGCGCAUUCGAACCUUACGCCCUUUUUGGGCCCCUCAUCAAAAUUCUUAAAGCCUUUCGGACUACCAGCACACAUGCACUACAAGUUCUUGCAGGCAUUUUGCCUCUUCGCCUUAGAGCUAAAGAACUCUUUGCAAAUUUCCUCAUGAAAGUGCAAAAAAUUCAAGUCAAAUUUGAUGACACUAACCUUGAUCCUGAACUUUAUGAACCUACUUUUAACCCAUAUGACCAACAUCCUUGCGAGUGGUUUACAUUCCCUUUCCAGAAAAAUCCACCUUCAGGAGAUGGAAUAGAAAUAUUCACUGACGGAUCUAAAAUUGGCGACCGGGUGGGAUCCGCCAUUGCUUGCUAUUACUUCGCCCUUGCUUCGCCUAAACGCAAAAGCGGGAUGCUGAAGCAACUUGCCGACAAAAUAAAAUCAGUCAAUUCCCACCGACGACUCUCCUUCCAUUGGGUCAAAGCACACAUCGGUGUGGAAGGCAACGAAGUAGCCGAUAAACAAGCCAAAUAUGGUACUGAGAAAAAUUCCAUUGACUCACACGUCCCCAGGUCUCAUGGCACCUUGAAGGCUGACAUUCGGCGUUGCAUUCUUGCAGAAUGGCAAAAUGAAUGGGCCUAUAGCUCAAAAGGUCCUCAGACACAUAAAUACUUUCCAAAUGUCUCUACCAAAAGGAAAUCCUUUCAUCCCUUCCUGAUUCUAUUCCUCUCGGGUCAUGGGAGAUUUCCUUACUACUUCAACAAAUUCGGUAUCACCAACGAUCCACUCUGUGACUGUGGCAAAGUUGGAACACCAGACCACUAUAUUUACGAGUGCAUUCACACUCAAUCACUUAGACAAAAAAUAAAAAAUGCUCAAGAUAAAGAUCAUCUUAUCAAAGAUCCUCACAACUUGCAUAUUAUCCACCAAAUCAUCGCGUGGAUAAACAACCACAUUCCUAGGCUCUAA